AUGAAUCUGCAGACCUACGAAAUUAAGUACCAAGCCAUUAUUGACAUUGAGAAUGGGAUUAAAAAUAAAGCUGUUGCCAACAAGUACGGGGUACCACAAAACACACUAUCUACCUGGGUUAAGAAUAAGGUUUCAAUAAAAGAAAAAUUUCUUGCUGCUGAUAUCGGGUCAUCUAGAAAAAGAGAUAAAAAAGCAAAAUUUCCAGAAUUAGAAAACGCACUCAUUAAAUGGUUCGCCCAGGUACGAUCUCAGAAUAUUCCACUAUCUGGGGAAGUAGUAAAACUUAAAGCAAAAGAGUUUGCUACCAAAUUAGGCCUAUCUGACUUUGAAUCAUCUACAGGCUGGUUAGACCGCUUUAAAGAAAGAAAUAAUCUUUCAUUUAAGAAAGUCUGUGGGGAAUCAAAAUCUGUUGAUUCCCAAUCCAAUCAAAUGCUUGAUUGGCAGACUAAAUUGAAGUCUAUUCUUCAAGAAUAUCAGCCCUGUGAUAUUUACAAUGCCGAUGAAACCGGUAUUUUUUUCCGGCUUCUACCCGAUAAGACACUUGAGUUUAAAGAUGUAAAGUGUCACGGGGGGAAAUUGAGCAAAGACAAAUUGACUGUGAUGGUCUGCUCUAACAUGUCGGGCACUGAUAAACUCCCACUAUUAGUCAUUGGCAAGUCUAAAAACCCCCGAUGCUUUAAGAACAUUAAGCAUAUCCCGGUUCAAUACGAAUCGAAUAAAACUGCAUGGGUAACUAGUGAUUUAUUCACUACAUGGGUGAAUCAAUUAGACAGAAAAAUGUCUACUAAAAAACGCAAUAUCAUGCUCAUUGUAGACAACUGUCCAGCCCACCCACAGUUAAUGGGUUUGAAAUCCGUCAAGCUAGUAUUUCUACCACCAAACACUACCUCCCACACCCAACCAAUGGACCAGGGCGUUAUCCGUAACCUGAAAACCCACUACAGAAAGCUGGCCAUCCAACGAAAGCUCCGGGCCAUAGACACUUCGACAGACGUAACCAUCACAGUCCUGGAUGCCAGUGUGACGAUUUUAUUCAGUUAG